CGCACAUGUGUGGCAAGACAAGUCGAUGCCAGCGCUUGGCGUGCGGCUCUUGAUGCUCCAUAGACUCCGUCAAGAAAAAAGGACAUCUGCAAAGAGCUAGAAAAUUGGACAUUGCAUCUUGUAGAAACCCAUAGAGAGCUCAAAUGAAGGAAAUGUUCACUGGAUGAUCCUGCACAUGGUGGCAACAUGUGCAAUUCCACCGAUAUGCCAUAUGAAGAGAGCCGGCAACUCCUGGUUGUUGUGUAUAGCAUCAUCUUUGCUGUGGGACUCCCAACCAACUUCUUAACAGCAAUCCUCACUUUCAUGCAGAUAGGCAGGAAAAACGUCACUGCCAUCUACCUCUUUGGCCUGUCACUGUGUGAGCUGAUGUACUUGAGCACCCUCCCGCUCUGGAUCACUUACGUGCAAAACAACCACCAUUGGACAAUGGGGAUGCUAUCAUGCCAGGUAACUGGCUACAUCUUCUUCUGCAACAUCUACAUCAGCAUCCUUCUCUUGUGCUGCAUUUCCAUUGAUCGUUAUGUGGCAGUCGUAUAUGCCUUGGAAAGCAGAGGGAAAUGGUGUCGGUGCCAAACAACUGCCACCGUGAUCACAAUUGUUCUCUUCAGCGUGGUUGCAGCAAUCUAUUGCCCUGUGUUUUUUGUGGAGAACAUUCAAGAGAGGAACAGCACCACUUGCUUUGAAGCAUCCCUUAAUACCCAUUUGGCGUAUUACAACACCACCCGGUUCUUUGUGGGCUUUGUUGUCCCUUUUCUGCUCCUGAUUUUCAUGAACUACAAAAUCUUUCAAAGCAUUAAAACCAGCUGCAGCCUCAGCCCAGUCCAGAAAGCCAAAGUGAAGCACCUGGCCAUUGCUGUCAUCUCCAUUUUCGUCAUCUGCUUUGCUCCCUACCAUUGUGUUUUACUUGUACGAGCUGUCAUCUUUUUUCUCUACCCAAAUGAGAAUUGUCAUUUUGAAAAAGGCAUCUACACCACAUCAGUGGUGUUCCUGUGCUUUUCUACUGCCAAUGCUGUGGCUGACCCCUUCAUCUACGUGCUGGUCAGUGAAAAUGCCAGAAGAGAAAUAUGCCGAACUUUCCAGUUUUGUGGAAUUCAGUUCUCAAAUAGUUCCAAGACAGAGAGUAGCAGGAUCCAUGAUUCUCCUUCCCAAAGAUCUCCGCUAGAGGAGACACAUUCAGUCGGAAUGCAAGAGGAGAGGUAGCACCUCUCUCUUCUAUGGAAACUCCAUUGCAGUAAAAAAGAAUUAGAUGGUGGAUUCAAGUUUUUCCUUAUGGCCUUAAGGCUGAGCAAAACCCUGCCUGCAUUGGGAAUCAGUGUUGCACUGCAUGUGCUGAAUAACUUUCAGUAAAUCCCGGUUGUUAUUUAUAAUGGGAAGAUGUCAUGAUAUUGUGAUUUGCAGCUGGUUCUGUGCAUUGUGGAGAACAUAAUGAUAUACUAGGAAGGGGACACACAGGAUCAAAAGGUCCAAACUGUUGGGUCAGCCAACACAGUUCAUGGGUGAUAGAUGAUGUGAUAUGAUAUAAUAUGAUUUGAUUUGAUUUAGGGAGCAAGACUAAUAUAUAACAGUUCAAGAGAAUUCUAAAAGCAAAAAGAAAAUAAACACUGUUACUUUUCUGGUAUUAUU